GGCGCGAAAUAAGGAAGCAGAAUCACCUCAGAAAGUUUGUGGAGAAAAUGUCAAGGUUUCUUAAAGCGGUUCGUAAAUACAGAAUUAAUCCAGAAGAGUCUGAGCUUUCAGAGAGCGACUUGCAGACAUGGGGACUAACAGGAGUUGUGUUGAGGCCGUACCAGCUGCUUGGCGUGCAGUGGAUGGAACAAUGUAUGAAGUCUCUUACAGGCUGCAUCCUUGGGGAUGAAAUGGGUUUAGGGAAAACCUGUCAGGCCAUCAGUUUGAUGGUGUAUGCUCGAGGAUAUCUCCGCAUGAAGGGUCCAUUUCUGGUGCUCUGUCCACUGGUGGCUAUAGACAACUGGAAAAAUGAGUUAAAGCGUUUCUUCCCCAGAAUGUCUGUGGUUUUGUACUCUGGUGAUAUAGAUGAAAGAAUCAAGAAACAGAGUAACAUGGAAAAGGAAGCUUUCCACAUCUUACUGACUAACUUUGAGAUAUGCCUGAAUGAUGCGGCAGUAUUAAAAAGGUGGAAAUGGAAGAUUAUGAUGGUGGAUGAAGCUCAGCGGCUGAAGAACGAAUUUUCUAAGCUUCACCAAAAACUUACAGAGUUCACUGUGGACUUCAGACUUUUGAUAACUGGAACUCCUAUCCAGAACAGACUUGAGGAACUCUACUCGCUCCUCUCCUUUAUCCAGCCCAAUGAUUUCCCACCUGAUUCUGUGAAAGAUUUUUGCACCACAUAUGACAAUGUAGACACUAAUCAAACAAAAGCUGAGGAGCUCCACGGGGUUCUCCAGCCCUUCCUGCUGUGCAGGUUCAAGGACGAAGUGGAAAGGGACCUGCCAAAGAAAUUGGAGGUGGUGGUUUAUCACGGGAUGUCUUCUCUCCAGAAGAAGUACUACAAAGCCAUUCGGAAUAAGGACCGGUCUGUCUUUGGACAACAUCAAGGCAAAAGUAACCAGCUCACGAAUAUUCAGAUUCAGCUCAGGAAGUGUGUGUGCCACCCCUACCUGUUUAACGGUGUGGAGCGUGAGCCGUUUGAAAUUGGGGAACACUUGGUGGAAGCAAGUGUGAAACUCUCACUGCUCGAUUCGAUGCUUUCCCAGCUGCAUGAGGAGGGCCACAAGGUUCUGUUAUUCUCUCAAAUGAUCAGGAUGUUGGAUAUUUUGCAGGACUAUCUGACAUACAGAGGUUACACCUAUGAGCGUCUGGAUGGAUCGGCGCGAGCAGAAGAGCGCUCACUUGCCAUCAAGAACUUCAGAGACGAAGAUACCUUCAUCUUCUUGGUCAGCACCAGGGCUGGCGGGGUUAGUUUGAACCUGAUGGAAGCAGACACUGUAAUCUUCUAUGACAGCGAUUAUAAUCCACAGAAUGACCUGCAAGCAGAGUCUCGUGCUCACCGGAUCGGACAGACGAGGCCUGUGAAAGUGUUCCGGUUGUUGGGUAUGGGCACGGUGGAGGAAGACAUUUACUCCCACGCUAACACCAAACUGAAACUCUACAAAGCCGUGAUCAAGAGCGGACUGUUCCCUCUGUCCAGAGAUAGUCAGGAUGCUGCUGAGUCAAGUGAAAUCAAGAAGUUAGGAGUCCACAAACGGCCGCCAACAGAUAAGAGCUCGGUUCCGCGUGUGAAUGUUCAGCAGAUCCUUGGACAGUCAGGAGACAAACAGUGGCUGAUAGACGAGGAGAACCUCAGGCUUGCUGAGGAUCUGGAGAUAAAGACUCAUAUGUACAUCUUUGAGGGGACGGACUACUCCAUAAGCCCCACCGAGGACGACGAUGGCAACUCUGGGGACGAGGGACCCAGUCAACACACAGUCAAAGGUUCAGUCUCUGAAGAAUUACUAUUGAAGUCAAGACUAAGGAGCCUUGUGACUGAGUCGGAGCUGGAAAAGAGGCGUCAGAUGAAAGAGGAAAAUGCUGCCAAAAAAGCCAAGGCUCAGAAAGAGAAGCAGCAGCAGCGUGAGGAGCAAAAACACAAGAAGAAGAUGGAUUUGUGGGCAUCAUGUGGCUAUAAAUCCCUGUCCCUGCCCUCUGCUGAUAGCGAAGGUGAGGAUGAAGAUGAGAAUGAUUAUGAUGAAGAAGAGGACAACAGCAAUGUGACCUUAGCAGACUCGGAUAUUCAGUUUGUGAGCGGUGAUGUCACACACCCUCAGGCUGAGAGCGAGGACGCCAUCAUCGUUCACUGUGUGGAUGAUUCUGGAAAGUGGGGAAAUGGUGGCUUGUUUACAGCUCUCUUGCGCCGUUCAGUGGAGGUGAAGAAUCAGUAUGAAAUGGCCGGACGCAUGUUCGACCUGGAUAUCGGGAACGUGCUGCUGAUUCCCAUCGACGACAAGCAGUCGAGAGCGAGCGGAAAAGACUUUGUGACUCUGAUCGUGGCACAAAGGAGAUAUAAAAGCAACAAGCUGUCAGGGAUUAGCCUCGCUGCCCUGGAGGAGGGGCUCAAGAAGAUCUACAGAACUGCCAAGGCCAAUAAUGCAAGCGUCCACCUUCCACGAAUCGGGGAAACCACUAAAGACUUCAACUGGUACGGCACUGAGAGACUGAUACGCAAGCACUUAGCCUCGCGAGGCAUUCCCACCUUCAUAUACUACUACAAGCAUCCAGCCUUUCAGUCCACCACGAGGACUCCGUCUCCAGACACAGAGACCCCGUCUACCUCAAGCCCAACGACCAGUCCACCGGAAGCUUCCGGGAUGACGCAGUGGUGCGGUUUACCUAACUUUAUGAGAGGAGUCAGUGUGUUCUUCUACAACAUCGGAGCGACAGAGAGAAAGCAACUCACACGCCACCUCAUCGCGUAUGACGGAGAUAAAGAAGACCUCAUGAGCUCACAGGUCACUCACAUAGUAGCUGAGGCGGAAAGUCCAGCUCAUAUCCAGGAGUUACAGGAUAUGUGUCAGCAGUAUCCUCAUGCCAUCCUGGUACAGAAGAAAUGGCUGAGGUCUUGUUUUGUCAACCAGAGAAAACUCUCUUCUUCAAAGUACAUCCUGAAGUUAGAAUAAAUGAGAAGGUUUUUGUUUGUUGUUUUUAUUAUAAAAAAGAAUUGUUUGAAAAAAGUUAUGAAGUUGACAAGUUUAAAAACCUCUGUCUCGUUCUGCUGAUGUGUUUUGGGCUGGGAAAAUAAAAAGAUAUUACAUACAAAUAAAAACAGAAAAGUGAAAUGAAUUAACUUAUUAAUUCAUUUCACUUUUCUGUUUUUAUUUGUAUGUAAUACCUUUUUUCAUGAAUAUAUCACCUCUAGUAUUGUCAGUGACACUUCAAAUUUUACAAAUAAAUGUUAUAAAAUAAAUAACAAUAUAAUAAAAUAACACAAAAUAAUAUAAUUUUAGCCCUGCGAUGGGUUGGCACUCCGUCCAGGGUGUAUCCUGCCUUGAUGCCCAAUGACGCCUGAGAUAGGCACAGGCUCCCCGUGACCCGAUGUAGUUCGGAUAAGCGGUAGAAGAUGAAUGAAUGAAUAUAAUUUUACAAUAAACUGGUAUAUCUAAAUAAAAUAUUACACACACACUGUAAAACACAAUGAAUGCACUUCAUUAUGCACAUUUUGUUAUGCACAUGUACAGUUUAUCAACUAACAGAAUUCAGUGGAAAGAUAAAACCAGUCAACAUACAAAACUGUAUGUUAUAUAUGCCACAGGUAAUCAAUGUAGUAGCAUCAGCAAUAGCUACAUAGCACAGCAUGAGAGAUAUAUUAGCCUGUUUCAUUACAUUUUUUCCAUCUUUUUCUUUUCCAUUAUUAGCCUUCAAUUUGCAAUAAUUUCUAAGUUCUAAGCUCGCUUGCACCAUCUUCCUGCUGCUCUCAUUGCAGACAUCAUUAUCACCUAAAGAAGUGUCAACUGUAAAUAAACACCACCCAUCCUUCUUGUAUUGCCCAGUAAGAACCUGCCACUGAGAAUUGUACACUGUAAAAAAUAAAAUGACCCUUUGUUCAGCAAACAGAUAAUAGGAAUUGUGAAUAAAGUGAGUCUAUAUACAAAUACAUGUUGGUUCAACAAUAUUUCACAAAAUGUUAUAGCAACAUCAUUAACAAAGUUGCACGAACAAACAUUUUUUAAUUGAAUUGCGCACGCAUGAGCCACAUGGAUCUACGGGGUUUCCUUUCUCAUUAUCAGCAUCGACACGUUUUCUGGCUGCCAUUAUGGACU